GCGGAGGCGGCGGGAACGGGCGAGCGCGGGGGCGAUCUCUUUAUUUUUGCCUCUGCACCUCAGAAGGGACACGCAUGUUUAGGUGACUAACCACAGGAAUAUCAAAAUGCCUAACCUUGAACAUCCAGCAUACCCAGCAGCUGACCUGCUUCGCUUGGAAAGUUUGGUGCCUUGUCGAGAAUCCCAGGUGUCCAUGUUGCUGUCAAUAUUUGGCGAGCGUCAGCACUUUAGUUUUCCAUCCAUCUUUAUCUAUGGACAUACAUCUAGUGGAAAGACUUACGUGAUGCAAACUCUUCUAAGUACCUUACAGCUUCCCCAUGUGUUUGUGAACUGUGUGGAAUACUUUACGUCACGACUUCUUCUAGAGGAAAUUCUCAUCAAGUUGCAAAGCUGUUCUGGCACAGAGCAGACCUCUCCUGUUCGUUGUGAUAGUUUGAAUGACUUUGUUCGUCUGUUUAAACAAGCUGUGGCUAGUCAGGAGCUUCAGGAUCAAACAUUAUACAUUGUUCUGGAUAGAGCAGAACAGCUGAGGGAAAUGGAAGCAAACAUCCUGCCAGCAUUUCUUAGGCUUCAAGAGUUGACUGACACAAACGUGACAGUUGUUCUGCUCAGUGAAAUAGUGUGGGAGCUGUUCCGUCCAAACACUGGGUGCUUUGAGCCAUUCACCAUAUAUUUUCCAGAUUACAGCAUAGGACAUCUGCAGAAGAUCUUGACUCAGAAUCAUCCCCCAGAAUAUUCUGCAGAUUUCUAUGCUGCAUAUAUCAAUAUUUUGCUUGGUGUCUUCUACAUGGUCUGUAGGGACCUGAAAGAGCUUCGGCAUCUGGCAGCGCUCAAUUUUGCUAAAUACUGUGAACCAGUGGUCAGAGGGGAAGCAAAUGAACGUGACACCCGCAAGCUCUGGAAAAAUAUUGAACCUCAUUUGAAGAAGGCAAUGCAAACUGUUUAUCUCCGGGAAAUAUCCAGCUCACAAUGGGAGCGUUUGCAGCAUGAUGGUGGAGAACCUGGGCAAUUGAAAGGACUUUCUGCACAUACCCAUGUGGAACUUCCUUAUUACUCCAAGUUUCUUCUAAUAGCUGCUUACCUUGCCUCCUACAAUCCUGUUAGGACUGAUAAGAGAUUCUUUCUUAAGCAUCAUGGGAAAAUUAGAAAGACCAACUUCAUGAAGAAACAUGAGAAGACCAGCAAUCACUUACUUGGGCCAAAGCCAUUUCCCCUGGACAGAUUGUUAGCAAUAUUAUAUAGUAUUGUGGACGAAAGAGUUGCUCCAACUGCAAAUAUAUUUUCCCAGAUCACCUCUCUUGUGACACUGCAGCUGUUAUCCAUGGUUGGCCAGAAUGACCAGCUUGAUGGACCACGAUACAAAUGUACUGUGUCUCUGGACUUCAUCAGAGCUGUUGCCCGGACCGUGAACUUCGACAUAAUAAAGUACUUGUACGAUUUCUUGUGAAAACAAGCUUCACAGCCAUAUGGACACUGUGACAAUGACUAAGGAAGGCAAGCUGUGUUCAUCUCUCUACUUAGCUGGCCAGAAAGAAGAGUAUUUUGGCUCUUUUGGAUUUGUCCAAACAGGUGCUGGCCCAGCAUGGAACCUGAUGAAAAUACUCUGAUUGGUCUGGGUGGAUCUGAGCAGAGGACUAUUUACCAGGGACCCUGGAGUAUUUGGAAGCAAUGUGUUAAUUAUAAACAGCAGGGUUUGAGCACAAUCUGUUCUACUCUUAAUGAUGUUAUCUUAACACUGAAAUUGCCUGAAACCCAUUUACUUAGGACUGCAUUUUGCUCUAUGAACUCUCCCCAGUGCUUUGAACAUGGCAGCAGCCGUUGUUUGUAUGCCCAGUCUUUUCACUUCCUCUCCACAGGAAUCUUUGCAAUUGCCUGCCAAAGCAGCUUUUCCUGAGGCCACCAUUUUAGGAGAGUGGAGUAGCAAAGUAUAAUAAACAUAAGAACAUAUUUAAAAACCAAGCUGGUACAAAUUCUUCUUUCUCUUCAGUAAUAUGUAGGCAGAUUGUUACCCUGUUAUAUGGAGAUCACGAUGAUAGGAAACUCCCAGUUAGUCACCAUGCUGCCUUUUUCAGACCAUUCAUAAAUGUUGACUAUGAAUGUAUUUUUACAAAGCCCUGUUUUUAAAAAAUAAUUCAUUUUUAAAGUUCUAUCCUUAUGUCAAACUUGAAAUGUUUUAUUUUUGCUUCAACAUUCUAUAGUCCUAUGCUCAUCCAGUUGCAUUAAGUGCUUAUUAAAGUUCUGUGUGGAAUGAAUGUACUUAUAACAUACACACCAUGUAAUGGCUUUUGUAACAGCCUCUGUCCUGCAGAGGAGUGUGGCACAGCUGCCUUUUCAUCGGAAAGGGAGAAAUUCAACAGGUGACAGAGUCUUUCUGCAGCAAUUCCCCAAAAGUGGUGGAACAGUGGAUAACCAAUGUGGUAUUGUAACAUAAAACUUUGUCCUUGGAAAUACCUGAUGGAAUACACUACAAUUGCAGCUUGCAAGUAGAAGACAUGGAGCAUUAAAAUCCCCUAGUCCAGUUGGAGGUUAUUGUCUUCAUGAAUCUGAAGAUUUCAGUAACCCUCUAGAAGAGUCCAGGUCCCACAGCCUGUUACUCAGAUGUUUUACUCUUGAGUGCUCACCUUUGACCAUCUGACAGUAAAAGACCAUGCCAGGUCCUAAGUUGAACAUUACGGAUUUUGUUCAAGGAAAAUCAUCAGUCAUCCCCCUGUUGCUCAUGUAUUAGAAAUGGUCAAUUACUCUGAA